GGGGACGUUACUUUCCACGUCUGAUGUGACUCCACACAUGCAGAGGAUUGGAGGCUACAUGAGAGCAGAGGGGCGGGAGGGGGCUGUUUCAACCAACGGCUCCGAGUAGUUAUUGUAGCGGGAUGUGUUGUGGGACGCCGGAGCCCCCGCGCACUGUCCGCUGGAUCAGCAGCUUUAGCUGGCGGAGCUAACACAACCCCGUAGCUUUUGCUGACUUACAUUGUUGUGGCCUUGUCAAGCCAUUCUACGGUUUCUGUGACCUAGAAGUCCAGUGUAAUGUGCGCGGGGGCUGCUGCCUUCACUGGUGCGUUAUUCGGUACAGUAACGCCAGCUCGGUAUGUGCGCACACGCACCAUGUAGGCCCGGUGAGCUCCGGUGUCCGCCGGUGGAGACACGGAACCGACGCUCUCUGCAGCCGUGUACAUGUAGGAGAGCUGGGGGGGGGGCUUUCACAUUCACGUCCCCGGGCGACACAUGCUCCAUUCUGGCGCGCAUGGUAGUGGUUGUGCACGGUAGUAAAACAGUAGUCUGUUUGUUUAGUGUGUAAACACGUUACAACCAAGGCCGUAGUCGUAAUACACAUGUAAUGUAUGAGCCUCCACUAUAAUAAAGUGUAUUGUUGUUAUUGUUGAUAUCAACAAAACGCGCACGGCCUAUUCUGGAGAGCUCAGUCUACUGCGCGUGUGAGAAGACUGUCUGACAUGGGAGAGCAGAAUGUCAGCCAGAGGAGGGAAGAAGAAGGCCAUGAAGCUCUCGCGGUCGUCCAGGGCUGGCGUCAUCUUCCCUGUGGGGAGGAUGAUGAGGUACCUGCGCAAUGGCACGCACAAAUACCGCAUUGGCAUGGGGGCGCCCGUCUACAUGGCAGCUGUCAUUGAGUACUUGGCAGCUGAGAUCUUGGAGUUGGCAGGAAACGCAGCACGAGACAACAAGAAAGGCAGAAUAACACCCCGACACAUCAAGCUGGCUGUGGCCAAUGACGAGGAGCUCAACCAGCUGCUGCGGGGAGUGAUCAUAUCAAAUGGAGGGGUUCUGCCUCGGAUCCACCCAGAGCUGCUCUCCAAGAAGAGGGGAGGCCGGGUGAAAGUGGACAGCCAGGCAUCCACCCUCGAGAAGCAGGGGGAGCGCUCGAAGAGCAAGAAACCCAUGAAAUCCUUAAAGAAGGUUAAAGGCAAACCAGGGCGUAAGCCAAAGGCAAAGAACACAGACAACAACAAAGAGUCUGUACCAAACUCCACAGCUGAAGAUGGCCUUGGAGAUGGGUUCACCAUCCUGUCGGCAAAGAGCCUGUUCCUCGGACAGAAGCUUUCACUGACAGAGAGUGAAAUCAGUAAAAUUGGAACCAUCAAAGUGGAAGGGAUAAUUAACCCAACAAAUGCUGAGAUGGACCUCAAAGACGGAGUGGGCAACGCCCUGGAGAAGGCAGGAGGCCGAGAGUUCCUGGAUGGCGUUAAGGAGCUGCGCAAAGCACAGGGGCCAUUGGAAGUGGCAUCAGUGGCAGUGAGCCAGGCCAGUGGAAUGGCAGCCCGCUUCAUCAUCCACUGUAACGUCCCUCAGUGGGGCUCAGACAAGUGUGAGGACCAGCUAGAGAAGACCGUGAAAAACUGCCUCUCAGCAGCAGAGGAGAAGAAACUCAAGUCUGUGGCUUUCCCUUCACUUCCUGCUGGACGAAACAGAUUCCCAAAGCAAACGGCUGCCCAGCUCAUCCUCAAGGCUAUCUCCAACCAUUUUGUGUCAUCCACCAGCUCGUCUCUGAAAAACAUUUACUUUGUGCUGUUCGACAGUGAGAGUAUUGGAAUAUACCUUCAGGAAAUGGCCAAGCUGGAUGCCAAGUGAGGAUUCUUGUUAAAAGGCUGUGGUUUUCUAAGUGUUGUCUGUUGCUGUAGAUAGGUGACAUAACAGUAGGGGGUCUGGUUCUGUCUCACUUAAAGAGAAAACACAAAUAUUUGUGAGUGGAGUGCUGUUCAUAUUUACAGUAUGUUCCUGUCCCUUCAACAGACUGCUUUCUUUAUGGGUUAGAUAGUUUAAAUUCACAGUUUGCCAUUAUGGUUCCUUGUUUCAGUGAUGUUUUUAAAUUCAUUUACAUGCACAAA